GUCAUAAGAGUAAGCACGUUAUAGGACUGGCUACCAUGCAGUCGAUUCUUGCGGUCGACGAUGUCUUGAUCAGCGGGGGUACGGUCAGUUUGUUGUCUUUGCCGCCCUUGGUGUUUAUUGAUUAGAAAUCCAUUAAUCCUCGUGUUCCUGCACAGCGUGCAUCAUGUUCACAUUUGAUGUUAAAGCCUCCCCGACCUUACUAAAUGGAUACCUGCCUUGGAGCAAUAACACGCUUUUUACUCGUUUAAAGCGUAAUUGGCCCAUUUCUCAGUCUAAAAUAUAUUAAUCUUUCAUUAAUUUUUACCUGGAAGUUGUCAUGGUGGGCAUCCUCCCAAAGGAGAUUUGUUUAAGUAACAGCGAAACGCCACUUGUCUUUAUUGAUCACAAGUUGGUCUUAACCUUCGGAUAGGAGGAUGAUGUUUAUUUCUACUCCGCCAGAGAUGCACUCAAUAUAUAUAUGUGCACGUAAUUUGUACGGACGAACGAACUGCCAACAUUCGUGAAAGACCGAGCUAACAAGGAAAGAAGAAACGAUCGAGCCACUUCUCGUUUUACGUUCGUAGAAGUUGACGCGGGUGUCUGAUUUUUUUCCUCUUCAAAAGAUGUUGGAGAUGACAGACUCAAACUGCACGAGUGCGGUGAAUUGGACAGAUGAUCUCACAGUUUUGAAUAACUUGACAGCAGGCCCUCGUGACGGUCCUGCCUCUAAAGAAAUCGUCGUUGUUUUAUCGUUCCUCUGGUUUUUCAUUGUGUCCGUAGGGGUCACUGGUAACUUCAUGGUCAUCUAUGUCGUUCUCAGUAACUACCAGAUGCGUUCGUCUGCGACAAACCUUUUCAUCACAAACUUAGCUAUAGCUGAUCUGUUGAUCAUGUUACUUGGGGUUCCAGAUAUUGUAAUGUUCAUGUUAAACCAGGGCUGGUUGCUGGACGAGGUACUGUGCAAACUACAGCGGGGACUUCUGGUGACAUCGCUAACUGCGUCCAUCCUGACGCUGCUCGCAGUUUGUGUAGAAAGAUACGUGGCGAUAGUUCACCCAAUCCAAGCCCACAUCGUCUGCAGUCGUUCCCGCGUCUGCGUCGCCAUCGGCGUAAUCUGGACCCUGGCGUGCGCCUUCGGCGUCCCCAUACUGUUGUACAACCAAGUGGUGGGGCCUAACCCGUAUGUGAAAUUCUGCCGGGGGGUAUACCCCUCGCUCUUAUUAAAAAGCAUCUUCAAGUACGCCGAGUUCGGCUUUCUUUUCUUAGUCCCCAUGAUCGCACAGCUAGUUCUCUAUACCAUCAUAGGGAAACGCCUAUUUCUGAAUUCCGCGACGCUGCACCAUAAACCAGUAAGCACACGUGAUGGCUCGGAGAAACCCAACACGCACGUGGCAGUGAAAGCACGCAGAGGUGUCGUGAAGAUGCUCAUAGCCUGCGUUAUUGUCUACUUCAUCUGCUACUCUCCAAUACAGGUACUGCUGUUUUACAACACCUUUGCGUCUGUGCCUUUCCACUUCACCUGGUCCUUCAGGGUGUUCGUGAUUUCGAUGGGGUACAUAAACUCAGCGGUCAACCCCAUCCUGUACAGUAUAUUUAGUCAGAAAUUUAGAAGACGUCUCAAGGCCUUGGUUUGCUGUCUUCGCUUACUGAACCCCCGUAAAUCUACGUGUCGCCCUAGGGAUCAAUCUUCUAGGAGAACCUCCCGCACCUCGCGGUACAGUCUGAAGACGUUACAUACCAGCGCUGAGGCUCCGGUGCUUGUUACAGGCAACGUGUGAAUUGUGUUCACUGCACACCUAACACAAUCAUUUAAAUUUGUGCCUCUGUAACUGUAAUCGUGUAUGAAACAAAAUGCUUGGGAGAUAUACCCUUAUCUUUGAUGUAUACUUAUUCAUUAUCUAUUUGACAUCUUACGAUAAAGGUAGCUAUAAAGUUGUAGUUAAAGUGACGCAUCGUGAGCUUCUGUCAUCUUGAAUAUUCCUAUUUAUUGUUAAAAUGCAGUUUCUACUUAUGUCUCAUUAGCGGGAUAUCAUUUAAUGAAAACACUAGCUUUGCUUUUGUGUGCAAAGUAAAAAUACAAACAAUGCACUUAACUGCUCCCUAGGCUUAAGCCAAGAGAAAAUUUUCGUAAAAUGUCAUUACACUAGUUAGUUUAGAGUAUUGAAUGUUGAUGUUAUUAUAUGGACCUUUAAAGUAUAGACUAUUGCUGUAUAUUUUGUCUGAAUAUCCUGAAUAUCUGAAUAUCCUUAAUUUGAGUGGAUUCUAAUUUUUGACUGGCUGUUUAAAUCAUUCAUUGAUAAAUAUGAAUCAGAAUGUGGUGCUAAUGGAUGACAUGAGAUACACUUUUUAUGGUUAUCGAAAUGUUGGGAAAGUCUAAUCCGUUUGGUAUAUUAAAUAUCCGGGUGUUACAAUGUUUAUUUGAUGUGAAAAAUUUAACUUUGGUAGUGUGUUGUUAUGGUAAAUUCCGACGGUAUGUUCAAUGUAAAAGCAUGGUAGUGAUUCGAUGUGUAAACUAUGAUAAAAAAAUGUUGCGGUACUGUGCACUGUUUAAGUGGUUUCGAUGACGUACUAUUUUCUUCACCUGUUUACCUAUUUACUUGAAAGAAUUUUGAAAAUCAUCAUGAAUAAAUAGCCAUAUUUUGUAAAUGUUAAAGAAAGAAAGAAUCUGAUUUCAGUCUGUCAGAGAGGCUUGAGUGACCAAAGUUAACAUAUUGCAACUUAUUAACUGUUACUCUGUAUAUAGGCACACGCUUCAUGGCUCUUCGUGGGACUAAUAAUGCAGAGUAAAUAUGUCGGAACAACAAAAGUUUUAGUAGUUAAGCACAUUACGUGAGCCCCGAAGCUCAUCUAAAUCAAGUC